AUGCGAGCACUAUCAUCCUCCCUACAUUCGCCCGCCUCUAGAGCCCGAUCCGCUAGCUCUCCCAGUCCCCAUCUAAACGCCGGGAAUAGUGUAUUUGAUGUUGGCGACCCGGCGAAUGCAGCUGCGGCAGCAACUACUGACAACGGUGCGGCAGCUUCUGUCGCUACUAGAACCAGCGUCUCCGCGCGCUGCGUUUCCGCCGCGACCUGCUGCUCCGCACCCGUAGGCCCCCCGCCUGCACCCUCCGCGACUUCCGCUUCCGCGCAUUCCGCGUCCGGGCAUUCCGCUUCCGCGCAUUCCGUUUCCGCGCCUUCCGCCUCCGCCGCAGCCCCGAAGGAGCUGCACAUCGGCGGCUACCGCGUGCUGUUCCCCCACACGCCGUACCCCCCGCAAAUACAGCUCAUGGCUAAGAUGAUCUCCGCGCUCGACGCCUCGCUCUCCCCUCACGCGCUCCCCCGCCCCCACCCCCACACGCUUCCGCCCGCGCGCGCGCGCAUGGGCAGCACGAACGCGCUGCUCGAGUCCCCCACGGGCACGGGGAAGACCCUCGCGCUGCUGUGCGCAGCGCUGGCGUGGCAGAAGCGCGCCAAGGAGGACCCCGCGCGGCUCGCGCAGGCGCACGCGGGGGGUGCGGGAAAUGCGGGGGUUGGGGGAAGCGGUGGCGGUAAUGACGGGGAUCCGUAUACUACUGGGGGAGGGUUCAUUGUCCCAGACGCUGACGGUGAGUGA